AUAGAUUGCUCGCACGUCACCACAGAAUCCUUGUCAAAAGAUGCCUUCGUUCUCACUGCGACGCAUCAGAUCAUUCCCACGAUCCCACGCCAAAAAUAAACGACCAGACUUCGCGCGCGAAGCCAUCCAACGUCUCAGAUUCAUCCACGUAGCAAAUUAGGGCUUCCUAGACUCCAGACUCCAGAGUAUAUAUACCACGCCGUCCCAUCACAGACGGUGCGGAGCAGUUCGGCCUGCCCUCCAUAUACAUCCCUCUCUCUCUCUCUCUCUCUCUCUCUCUCUCUCUCCUCGUCGGCGCUCGGAUCUCCGACGUUUAUCCCCGUUCUACCCUUCCCUCUCCUCUCCUAUCCCCCAAAAACCAAACCCAAAAAAUCGCCGAAAAAAAUAAAAUCACCGAGUAUUAGUCGUGUUUCUGAUUUUUGUCCCCCCCUUCUCUUUGUUUCACUCUCUAGGUUUAGGGUUUCAUUACAUUACCUAGAGGAGAGGGAAAGAAACCUGAAAAAAAAAAAGGUGAAAAAAAAGGAGAAAAAGAAAAAAGAGAGGUUUUUUUUUUUCUUCCUCGUGAUGGCGCAGAUUCAGGUUCAGCAUCAGACUCACGUGGCGGGGCCGAGCGGCGCGGCGGCGGCGGCCGCGGGCGGCGUUGCGAACCAGUUCGUGGCGACGUCGCUUUACGUCGGGGACUUGGACUCCAACGUGACCGAUUCGCAGUUGUAUGAUUAUUUCAACCAGGUGGGCCAGGUCGUGUCGGUUAGGGUUUGUAGGGACUUGAGCACCCGUCGAUCUCUGGGGUAUGGAUAUGUCAACUACAGCAACCCUCAGGAUGCGGCAAGGGCAAUGGAAGAACUGAACUUCAGUCUGCUUAAUGGCAAAACUAUCAGGGUUAUGUAUUCGCAUCGUGACCCGAGUGUUCGCAAGAGUGGUGCUGCAAAUAUAUUUAUCAAGAAUUUGGAUAAGGCAAUUGACAAUAAAGCACUCCACGAUACUUUUUCCACCUUUGGAAACAUUCUGUCUUGCAAGAUAGCUACUGAUCCUUCUGGCCAGUCUAAAGGCUACGGUUUCGUACAAUUCGACAAUGAUGAAUCUGCUCAGAAUGCAAUCGAUAAAUUGAAUGGCAUGCUCAUCAAUGACAAGCAAGUUUAUGUGGGUCAAUUUCUUAGGAAGCAAGAAAGAGAAACUGCCAUAAGCAGAACAAAAUUCAAUAAUAUAUACGUUAAAAAUCUUGCAGAGUCAACCACUGAAGAAGAUCUGGAGAAAAUAUUUGGCGAAUAUGGUACAUUAACUAGUGUGGUAGUGAUGAGAGAUGGAAAUGGUAAGUCCAAGUGUUUUGGCUUUGUCAACUUUGAAAAUGCUGAUGAUGCUGCUAAUGCUGUGGAGGCUCUGAAUGGUAAGAAAGUUGAUGAGAAGGAGUGGUACGUUGGGAAAGCCCAAAAGAAAUCUGAAAGAGAACUUGAACUGAAGAGUCAGUUCGAGCAGACUGCUAAGGAAGCAGUAGACAAAUUUCAAGGGCUGAAUUUGUACGUCAAGAACUUGGAUGACAGCAUUGAUGAUGAUAAACUUAAAGAAUUGUUCUUGGAAUUCGGAACAAUUACUUCCUGCAAGGUUAUGCGUGAUCCCAGUGGAGUUAGUAGAGGUUCAGGAUUUGUUGCCUUCUCUACUCCUGAAGAAGCAUCUCGUGCACUUGCAGAGAUGAAUGGUAAAAUAGUUGUUAGCAAACCGCUCUACGUUGCUCUUGCCCAACGGAAGGAAGAGAGAAGAGCAAAGUUGCAGGCACAGUUUUCCCAAAUGCGUCCGGUAGCAAUGGCACCGACUCUUGCUCCUCGUAUGCCAAUGUAUCCCCCAGGUGCUCCAGGCCUUGGACAACAAUUAUUUUAUGGGCAAGCACCUCCUGCUAUAAUUCCUCCACCGGCUGGAUUUGGUUACCAGCAGCAACUUGUUCCUGGAAUGAGGCCAGGUGGGGCCCCUAUGCCGAAUUUCUUUUUACCGAUGGUUCAGCAGGGUCAGCAGGGCCAGCGUCCUGGUGGCAGACGGGGAGCAGGUCCUAUGCAACAAGCCCAGCAGCCUAUGCAGUUGAUGCAGCAGCAGAUGCUUCCUAGAGGACGUGUCUAUCGCUACCCACCUGGUCGCAAUAUGGGAGAUGUUCCCAUGCCUGGACUUGCUGGGGGCAUGCUUUCUGUUCCAUAUGACAUGGGUGGAAUGCUUCCGCGCGAUGCUGCUUUUGGACAGCCUAUGCCAGUUCCGGCGUUGGCUACUGCCCUUGCAAAUGCACCGCCUGAUCAGCAGAGAACGAUGUUGGGUGAGAAUCUGUAUCCACUCGUGGAUCAGCUGGAGCACGAACAUGCAGCCAAGGUUACAGGCAUGCUUCUGGAGAUGGACCAGACUGAGGUUUUGCAUUUGCUGGAAUCGCCAGAGGCCUUGAAAGCAAAAGUUGCAGAGGCAAUGGAUGUCCUGAGGAAUGUCUCUGCUCAGCAGCAGGCCAACAGUCCAGCUGACCACCUGGCAUCUUUGUCCCUCAAUGACAACCUUGUUUCCUAAAUGUGGUAGGUUGAUUAAGAUUAGUGACUGUGGUUUGGGUACAAUUUAAAGCAAAGUUUCUUUAUUGGUGAGUGCACUUUUCUUUUUCCAUUUAGGAUUUUGUAUUCAACUUGUGUGUAGGAUUUUAGAGUUUUGAACAAUUUCCUUCUCUACCUUUGUCUUACAUAAUAUUCUGAUGAUUUCUAGGAUAUUUGGAAUUCUAUGUUAAGGUGAUGUCUCAGAAGAUUUCAAUA